AUGGCUCGCAGCCUGGCCACGGGCCCGGCGGACGGCGCGCCGCUGCGAUAUAUCCCCCUCUCGUACAACCACACCGACUCGCAGGCGUCGGCGCUGCGUCUGGUCUUGGCGCUGAAUCCCGCAUGGGAGCGUGCGGCGGGCAAGAUCGAGUUCGUGCGCUUCACGGAUGGCAUCACGAACACGCUGCUGAAGAUCAUCCGGCGGGCCCCUGGCCUGACAGACGAGGAGAUCGACAAUGAGGCCGUGCUGAUGCGAGCAUAUGGCAACCACACGGAGGUCAUCAUCGACCGCGAAAAGGAAGUCCGCUCCCACGCGCUGCUCGCGGCCCGCGGCCUGGCCCCGCCGCUGCUCGCGCGCUUCCGCAACGGGCUGCUGUACCGCUUCAUCCGCGGGCAGGUGGCCUCGCCGCACGACCUGACGCAGCCGGCCAUCUGGCGCGGGGUGGCGCGGCGGCUGGCGCAGUGGCACGCGGUGCUGCCCAUCAACGAAACCGCCGCCCACAUGAAGCCGCACCAUGAGGCGGACACGCCCGCCACGCCGCUGGACCUCGCGGACGCGCACCUCCUCGACGGAGCGGGCGUGCCGGCGAAGGACGACGACAUCGUGCCGGUGGCGACGGCCGAGCAGAGCGGCGGCGCGACGCUGUGGACGGUGCUGCAGAAGUGGAUUGUAGCGCUGCCGGCGACGACAGAGCGCGAGCGCGAGCGGCGCCGGCUACUGCAGCGCGAGUUCGAGCGUACGGUGGCCGAGCUGGACGACAAGUCGGGGUUGGGCGAGAACGGGCUCAUCUUCGCACACUGCGACCUGCUGUGCGCCAACGUGAUCGUCCAGCCCAAACCCCCGUCGAGCACUUCCACCGCCAACAGCGCCGUUGAAACAGUCAGCUUCAUCGACUACGAAUACGCCACGCCGUCGCCCGCCGCCUUCGACAUCGCCAACCACUUCGCCGAAUGGGGCGGCUACGACUGCGACUACAACAUGCUGCCCACGCGCGCCGUGCGCCGCGGCUUUCUGGCCGAGUACGUGCAGAGCUACCGCCAGCACACGCCGCCACCGCCGCCGGCGUCUCAGACCUGCGACGCCAGCAGCGCUGACGACAGCGACAGCGACCACGACGAUGACGCGGCCCUCGUCGACAGGCUGUUCCGCGACGUCGACCGCUUCCGCGGCAUCCCUGGCUUCUACUGGGGCGUGUGGGCGCUGAUCCAGGCAACCAUUUCGCGCAUCGACUUCGACUAUGCGUCGUAUGCGGAGGAGCGGCUGGGUGAGUACUGGGCGUGGCGUCGCGAGCUGGACGGGUCGCGCGCCGCCGCCGGCGAGGAGAUGCCGCUGCGAGAGCGCCGCUGGGCCCAGGAGGCGUAG